AUGUCUGGUCUAAAUUUAGCUUGGAUGCUAAAUUCUCUGUACAAGGAAAUGGGAUACUUGGUCUUAUCGCAACCUGAAAGACAAGUGCAUUUUGUUGAUUUCGUAACCCGCUUACUUCGAAUUUCGUACAUCCUGUGCAUUGCUGAAUUUGCAUUUUUCGAUGAAGGACCGCUUGCCGAAAAAACGACCGGUCUUCAUGCAAAAUUGAUAACCAUGUACGCUGAAGGUUAA